ACAUCUAUUUUUUAUGUUUUUGUUUGAUGAUAUCAGUUUUAUUUUAAUUUUUAUGCUUAACUUAAUUAUCUUAACUGUCUACUUUCGAUUACAUUAAGCAAUAUAUAUUAUGGUGUCAAAUAAUAAAUACAUUAAAAUUAUGUGCACAACCCUAACCUGCUAAACAUCAAAAUUCAACACUCAAGAUGUUGAAUAAAAUAACGAAGUGGCUUUCGGAAACCCCAGAUUUCACAUCAUUUAGAAUUAAUAGAUUGAAAGAAUUUGAUAUAAAAAAUAUGAAAGACCAUUUAGAAACACAAAGUCACGAAUUAGGUGUGAAGCAAAUACCCAAUACGUAUUUAUUAAAAGAAGAUUGCCUCAUUAUUGAAAAGUGGCCAGAAAAUGUUAUCCUAGAAAAAUCUAAAAAUGGAGUAAUAGUUGAUGUUUCCUGUGCAAUUGCAGUACUAAGAGGUGCUCAUGUUUUUGCACCAGGAGUGUUAGCUCUUCCAACUAGUUGUAAGUUAAAUGAGAGAGUUGAUGUGUAUGGAGAUUUAGAUCGUCAAUGUAAAAGAGGUCUCAAAGUUCCUUAUGAAGGCAGAAAAAUGUAUGUUGGAACAGGUUAUUUGAAAAUGCAACGAUAUCAAUUGUUUGAUAAUGGUGUCCAGCCAAGUGGUAUUGCCAUACACAUGUUGCUACCAGCUUCAAGGUUGCCAGUUAUAAAUGAAUCUAUUUACCCAGAGGGGCAUAUUUUAUUACAAAACCUUCCAUCAAUUGUAGUUGGCUGGGUUCUAAAUGCAAAGCCUGAUGAGCAUAUUCUAGAUAUGUGUGCAGCGCCUGGAAAUAAAACAACACAUUUGGCUGAGAUGUCAAAUAAUCAGGCACAUAUAAUAGCUUUGGAUAAAACAAAACAGAAGAUAGACAGGAUAAGUAAAAACUUAGAUGCACAUGGGAUAACUUGUGUCAAAGUAUUCCCUUUUAACUCUGAAAAAUGUUACACUGAUAGUGAGGGAGAAAUCAAUGAGCCACCAUUUCCAUUGAAUAGUUUUGAUAAAGUGCUUUUAGAUGCUCCGUGCAGUGGCUUGGGUCAGAGACCCCAGUUGGCUAAUAAUAUUACCCCAAAGAUGUUACAAUCAUAUAAACAUGUGCAAAGAAAAUUGUUUGAAGCGGCAAUCAAAGCCUUAAAAGUUGAUGGAAUACUUGUAUACAGUACAUGUACAAUAACUGAAGAAGAAAAUGAAAGGAUGGUUGCAUGGGUUUUAGAAAAACAUCCGAAUAUGCAGUUGGUUCCCGCUGAACCACUUCUCGGAGGUCCAGGUUUACCUAAUGUCGGGUUGUCCAAUGAACAAAGAAUUAUGGUACAACGUUUUGGACCCGAAAAUGACCCACUAAGGCAAGUUGAUGACAUUUACAAAAAUAGUAUAGGAUUUUUUAUCGCCAAGUUUAUUAAAAAAUAAUUUUAACACACAAAAACAAAUGUA